AUGAAUUUCGAAUUCUUACCCAAUGAAAUAAUUCUGGAUUUAUUCGAAUAUCUCUCUCUUAUUCAUCUUUAUCAAAGUUUCUUUGCUCUCAACUCACGUUUUAACAAAUUACUUUGUCAACAAUUUGAAAAAUUUCAUCUUGAUUUCCGACUAAUAUCAAAAACAAAUUUCCAUCAAGUAUGUCAAAAUAAUAUUCUAUCAGUCAUCGAUCGAAUUAUUUCUCUUCAUCUUUCUAAUGAUGAUAAUACUCCACAAGAAAUUGAAUAUUUUCUAUCUCAUGGUUAUCAACUUCGUCAAUUUAUUCGUUUAAAAUCAAUAUCAUUAUCAUGUCUUAGAUCUCAACAAACACUCGAUCAAAUAAUGGUUGAAUGUUCUUAUCUUCCUUGUCUCAUCCAUCUUACUUUAACUGAUAGCCAUGUAUCAAUGAGUGGGAAUGAUGCACAACGUUUGUUUAAUCAUAUAUGGAGUUUAUCAAAACUAACUUAUUGUCAUCUGGAUAACUGUUUUGUUGAUGAG